UCAAGGGUUUUGUAUCUGAGGCACAAAAGUUACCCAAGAUGAUGAAUGUCGACAUGGAUGCCAUUGAUGCCAAAAAUCAGGCAGAACUGGAGGAAAAAACACGACUUAUUAAUCAAGUGUUGGAACUCCAACACACACUUGAAGAUCUCUUGGCAAGAGUAGAUGCAGUUAAGAAAGAAAAUCUGAAGCUAAAAUCGGAAAACCAAGUUCUUGGACAACAUAUAGAAAACCGCAUGUCAACUUCUAGGGUUUUCCAAACAACUGACACAAAAAGCAAAAGAAAGUAA